CUGUUGACCGUCUGCAAUCUCAAUUUUAAUCACAAAAGCCAGCUUACAAUCAAUCUCCCAGAGUAUAUGGAGGAAUCGCAACCAAGCUUUCUGUGUGGUUGAAUACUCUGUACUAUGAUCAAAUCAACACGAUCCCGCGAAAGCUGUGUGACUUGUAAGAGGAGAAAGAAAAAAUGUGACCUCCAGAAGCCAGCAUGUCAUACUUGCACCCGCCUUGGGAUGCAAUGCGAAGGUUAUCAGCGACGAAUCUUGUGGGAGGAUGACGCCGUACGACAGGCCAUUGGAAGGAGAGGCCCAUCAAAAAGUCAGAAAAGGCCAGGACCAACAGAAAAUGUGGACAAAAUCGUCAGUUCAGAGGAUUCGGGUGUGAAUCUCUCAGUCUUCACGACUGCUACGCCAUCCGAGUCUCAAUUCCACAGGACCGAGGAAAUUGGUUCAGAAUGCAGUAACGAUACCGUACCACAGACGCAACACGAUGCCUUCCUCAGAGCGAUCGAGAAGCCUGACAUAAUAUCUAUACACGAUUUAAGCUCUCCCAUAGAGCUUCAUCUUUGGGAUUACUAUAUCAAUCGCUUUGCGCGGACUUACCCGACUUAUCGAGAUGACGACAAUCCUUUCCUGACUUGCCUAAUCCCGGUUGCUUUCAAGUUCAGGCCUGUCAAGUGUGCAAUGCUCGCUAUAGCAGGGUCACAAAACAAGCAAAGCAAGACAUCCCAUCUGAGAAGGGCGAUCUCUCGCUUUACGAAAGAGGCUAUAACCGAGUGUCUACAUAUAUCUCGCAGGGCCGGUGGGCAUUUGCUCUCCUCUUCAGAUUUCCCUCUUACCACUGAAACGGCUGAGGUUGACUUUGGUUUUCCCGGUGACAUGUUGCUACUUGCCUCUAUGGACAAGAUAUGUCUUGUCACUACAGCAGUAUUGCUGGUGCUUCUUGCGAAGCUGUCGGGUGAUUCGUGUUCGUCCUUGCAAAAACACCUGCAAUUUGCCGAAGCCUAUUUUUCAUUCGAGGACAAUUAUGGCUACGAAAAUCAGGGACACCUACAUGUGUUCCUUCGCAGUCUUUUCAAUUACAAUCAGCUAUUAGCGUUGAUUGCUAAUCCUACGCCGGAUGCAACGCCAUAUCACAGCAACCAAGCUUUGCAAUUUGGUAUAGGAACACCCCUUGUACGACAGAACUAUUCGACAUUGCUCCACCGGAUUAGCAGUGCAGUUCAAGACGUCUCCUUGUCGGAACUCGAUUCUUGGGAUGGAGAUCUUGAUUUCAUACCGAGUUUAUCCACGAGUAACACAACAGACACGACCGCACUUCGUCCGGCCGGCCUGGUGCAAAAUCCAUCGUCAUCUUCUCCGUGCAUGUAUGAUGGCAUCCCGAAUAGCGCCGGUCAGUUGGCACUGCUCCGCGAGCUUUACCGUACUGUCGGACAAGUAUACUUCUUUCAGCAGCUGCGAGAUCGACAAGGUCUACCUAACACACUGACGACGUACGCCUUUCCCCCAUUCAUAGCGCACGAAAAUAUUGAGAAGCUGGUUACACUUGCAGUCAAUAUCUUACAGCGAUUUCCCGAAGCCUCAUCAUACAACAGUGCGCUCUUGAUGCCCCUCGGACUUAUAGCGCCGGAACUCAGGUCUGAUUAUGCGCAAGGAGUGGUUCUAGAAAGGCUGGAUCUCUUGCAGAAUGAGUUCCACUUUGAACACUUUGGUAUGAUACGUCAAGAUUUCCUCGAAGAUUGGGCGUCGAUUCAGCCUACGCGGAAUGAUAUGCUGCCAGCCAGGCAGCUAAGGAAGGUUGUCAGAUUGAUUGGCUGA